GAAUCCUCGAAAUAUGAAAUCAAUCAGCUGGUUCUGUGGUUCAACGUUGGUUUCGGGGUGUUGUGGUUUUGACGGUACUAUAUGAUCUUUUACUCAUCGUUCAAACUGAGCCAUCGAUGCUAGAAGUUUCUUGCGGUAGUAAUGCCCAUGCUACGAUAAGUUUUAGUAGAGAACUUGAACAUGUCAAUAACUUCAAAGUAAAUUGUGGGGGUGAAUAUUACGAAAAAAUCAAUAAUGGUGGUUUUGGUGAAUAUAAUGGAGCGUCAGGAAAUCUAAAAGCAAAAGAACGAACUUUCAACUUGAAGGUAACACCACAAUCACAAUCAACACCUGAAUGCAAAGAAAAAGAACCUAGUACCACUAAGUCAGGAAACCGGACGCGUGUGGUUCAAGUUCGUUCUUCUUACUGCAACUCUAUUUACAUUGACAAUGGAUCCGAAACAUUUUCCAGUAUGCCAUCAAGCACUACUAAAAGUUUUCCUGAUUGCUUGACGGACACAUUUGAAAGCCUAGAUGUACAGCCUCCUCUACUUGAUUAUCUUGUCCGACAUCAUGCUAUCAGUGAAGACUCAAGCCUUAAAAUUAUGCAAGCUGACAAACUGCAACGACCGUCUCUGCUACUGAGUGCUAUUGGUCUCCCUAUGCUUAACGGAAUUAUUAUUAACUCAAAAUCAAGUCUCACUUGUCCCUACCCUCCACCACCAGGAUUGGCACUCUUGCUUAAUGCAUUAAGACAUACAGGUCAUCAUGAACUUGCCAGCUACUUGGAUUGUAGUCGACGAAUCAACCCGUCAUCAAUCAACAGUGGAAUGGAUUCAAAAUGCUCCGAUCUCACUGAUAAGAGAAGACGGGGACAAAUUUCCCUAUGGAUUCAAGUAUUGGCGAUCAAAGUAUCUCCAGCUCUCUACAGUCAGCUUACGCCAAAUUCUUCUACAAAUAAAACAAAAGACAGUUUCAUUUUACCAUCACACGUUGAAAAAUUACAAGAAGCCAAUAGACUGUUUAAUGUAAAUAAUCAAGAUGAGCGCGAUCCAGAACAUUUUCAAAAGUUACCUAUAUGGAUAGAUCAUGCUAACACACCCGUACUAACUACACAUGCUAACCAGUCGAAUAUGGAUUGUACAAAGCCAGCAGAAAAUUCUUUCAAAAAGGUUCGCAAUCAGUGGAUUAAACUGCUCUUACCUUUAAUGUGCUGCUUUCAUCGACCGGAAAAGUUCAAUAAAAUGUCUUCGCAAAACCCACCUGAAAACCCUGUUGAUGGUCGUGCAAAACGUAACCUGACGAACAAUGAGAUACAUCAGGAUAUUAACUUAAAUCAUAAUUUGUCAAAGGGUGAUUCUAAUUGUUCAAUUAUUACUUCCCCAGAUGACCUCAAAACCCGAAUAGCCAGUCAAGCUAUACUGAACAGCAAGUCCCUACAGUUUUAUAAUUCAGUUCUUGAGACUGGUUCAGCACUACGUGAUGCAAUCAUUAAGUACUUGGAACAGUCAGCUGGUGUUCUUGUAUUAGACUGUAAGUUAGGUCAUUUUCCACGGACUUGCAACAAUAAUAAUACGACCCUAAAGUCAGUAUCUGCACUCUGCGUUGUACUGAUUGCUACUCAGUCGGAAAUAAUUAGACGACUAUCAGAGGACUGUAGUUUGCAUUCUUCUGAAAUCGAGUCUUCAUCAAAAGAGACCAGUAAUUAUUCGCUACUUCCUGAAACAAAAACAUUUUCGAACAAACUUCAGCUAACUUCCAAACUUGCAGAUGAUCUUGUUACUGCCCUCAUUCGCGCAGGUGCAUUGUGUCAAUUGGGGUUGCAAAACCUACGACUUUCAGUCACAUUAGAUCCAAGUGAAGUCCAACUAGCUAUUAAAGAACUUAUGGAUUUAGAAGAUUAAUCACUACUAAACUCAAAAGAUGAUACCUCUAAAAAGCCUGUUAAAUACUUUGUUAUGAUCUGUGAUAUAUUUUAUUUUACACUAAUCCCUUGUAAUUAACUAGUUCAUUACCCACAUGUUACGACAUUUUUGUCGUCUGUCUUCCAGUUAACGCAUUUCACUAAUGUAAUUAUAGUAAUGCCAGUUUACACUAACUUUUGUAACCUACCUAUCAUUACUUUUAAUUUCUUCUCUACCAUUUGUUUUUGCCACUAGUCAUUUUUGUGCUUUGAACCUUUCAAAAAAUAAUCAUGCUCUUAAAAGACUUGUGGAUUCUCAAAUUUUCUAAAACAAAUAUAUAAAUGAGUGUUUUAAAC